UAGGUGGCGGAAAAGGGUCUUUUAUUUUUCCUCUAAACUGUCAAAAACACAAGAAGAAAAACGGAGACGCGGUUCGAUCUGCGGUUUCAAAACAAAUGAUUUGCGACGUUUUCAAAGCAUCACGAAUCGUUUACAAGUGAAGACAUGCAUUCAGAGCAGCAGGAAGAACAGAAACCUGUAAAGAUCGAGAUUAUUGAAGAUUACAGUGAGAACACGAGUGUUCCAGAAACCUUCAGAGUGAAGCAAGAAGAUGCUGAAGAAGAAACAGACCUGUUAGAAGAGAAUGAGGAAAGUGAAGAGCUGAAUAAAGGGGAGAAGAAUCAUUAUGUCCAAACUGGAGAAAAAUCUUUGAGUGUCUCACAGACUGAAAGUGAAUUUGUACUCAGAAAAAGAGCCGACAAAAUCUUCACUUGCCCCCAGUGUGGAAAAUCAUUUCCGUACAAAAAAAGUCUCAAAGAUCACUUGGGAAUUCAUACUGGAGAGAAACCUUUCACCUGUGAUCAAUGUGAGAAGAGUUUUACGUUAAAAAGAAACCUUAACGAACACAUGAAAAUCCACAACGGAGAGAAGCCGCACACAUGCGAUCAGUGCGAGAAGAGAUUCACACAAAAAAUACACCUUAGGGAACACAUGAAAAUCCACACUGGAGAGAAGCCGCACUCGUGCGAUCAAUGUGGGAAGAGUUUCACACGAAAAGCAACGCUUACGGAUCACAUGAGAAUCCACACUGGAGAGCUGCUGCACAAAUGUGGUCAAUGCGGGAAGAGUUUUGUUCAAGCAGUCAGUCUUAAAUCACAUCUGCGUUCUCAUUCUGGAGAAAGACCGUUUAAGUGUAAUCAUUGUGACAAAAGGUUUUUUUGGGCAGAAUCCCUGAAGAAACACCUGAGCGUUCACAUACAGGAGAAGCCUCACGUGUGUUCCUUGUGUGGAAAGAGUUUUUCACGACUGGACACUUUUAAAAUACAUGAGAAACGACACGGUAGUGUGAAGGAUCAUGUGUGCUUUGUUUGUGGAAAGUCCUUUUUUACAGAUGAUCAGCUGAAGCUGCACCAGAGGAUUCACACUGGAGAAAAACCUUUCAAGUGUUCACAGUGUGACAAGGGAUUCAGUCGGGUAGAAUCUCUGAAAACGCAUGAGAAGAUCCACACUGGAGAGAAACCGCACAUGUGCGAUCAGUGCGGAAAGCGUUUCACUCUAAUAGGAAAUCUUAAGGAACACAUGAAGAUCCACACCGGAGAGAAGCCGCACAAAUGUGAUCAGUGUGGGAGGAGUUUCACAUUAAAAGGAAACCUUAAGGAACACAUGAAAAUCCACACUGGAGAGAAGCCACACAUGUGUUCUUCAUGUGGAAAACGUUUUACAUGGCUGCACGCUUUAAAAGUGCACCAGAAGGUACAUACAAGUGUGAAAAGACCUUUGCUAAAGCUGAAAAAUUAAAAUGUCUCCAGAUUCACACUGGAGAAAAGUGGUUUCUCCCAAGGUUCUUUCUCCAUUUCUGUCACAGAUGGAAUUUUGAUUCCUUGGCUUGCUUAGUUGAGAACACUUAAUUUAUGGCAGUAUUGUUGACUUGAUUGCACAGACACUAUUUGUAUCUGAAAUCGACGAUGACAUCACUGGAUCAAUUAAUGAACUGACUUUAGCUGAAAAAAAUGUGUUUACUAUUGUCCUCCUGCCUAACCAACACGAUAAUCUUUUGUUUAUCACCGUAAAGCUGCUUUAACACAAUCUAUAAAGUUGUAUCUGUAGGCAUCACUAGUAGUGUCCUUAAAUACAGUUUUUGUUCAGAUCCAGCACUUUCAAGUGCAACUUUGUAUCAUCAAGAACAGCAGUGUUGAGACUGAAAUUAACUUGAGUUCCUUUGAAAAGAACAAUAUUUAAACAUAUUUCAUGUUUAAAAUGUGUCAGUUAAUGUAAUGUCAUUUAUUAAACAAAAUGCAUGUCUAAUAUAUAUAUAUAUAUAUAUAUAUCUAUUUAUAUUUUAUUAAACCUUUAUUGAUAGUCUAAACAUUUGAAAAAUAUCAGUUUAUGCACAGGUUUUCUAUAUUAAAAAGGGGAAUUAAUCAUGUUUAUGGAUGUGACAGAAAAAUAUUGAGAGACUACAUUGUAGGAUUUCUGCGAAUUAAAAUGCACAAACCAGACGCAGUAAUACCCAACAAAUAGAGAAGUGAUGGCUCUUCACAGAACAUAUAAUUGUUACUUUAUUUUAAUUUUGAUGUGUCUAUUUAUGAGGGAUAUGUACUGUUAUGGAUAUGACAAGCCUAAUAAAUAGCACUUAGCAGACUAUGAAAAAUCAUGCACCAAAAAAAAAAAAAAAAAAAACUUUAAGAGAGACUACAUGGAUAUUUGAACCACCAAAUGUUGACAUCUGUGCUAUCAGUGUAGUAAAAACAUGUACAAACUAUAACUCUUUUAAGAGAGACAUGUCUCUGAUAUUUAUUUCUGAUAUUUAUUUUAACUUAUCCUUUAUCAUUGUGCUUAGAAUAUCUAGUCAAUCUUCCACGUUUUUACAAAGUGCAGAUGUUAAGAUAAACUGCAAUUUAGCUUUGCAACUGGAUGCUUAUUUGUUUUCACUUUUAUUUAAUUUUAUAUUCGUUUACCAUAGGGGUGAAGAGAUGAAGCCUUGUGAAACACUGAAGCUUUUCAGCCAAGUGGUUCACAGAAGGGUUCAUUUUUCAAGGCUUCAUUUGCUCACAAAACCACCUGGUGGUCAAAGAGAGUAGAACAAGCAGAUACAUUACAGGUGACCUGAUGUGAUCUGUGAUACACUGCAUUUUGUGCAAGUUUAGGCUUAGAAAUAACAAAAAGUAAAAAAAUCAAUUUCCACAUUGACUAAUUUAUUUAUAUGAAUAUAAUGUGUAUUUUCUGGUGGUAUAAAAUGAUUGAUAACACAACUGUGUAAUAAACGUAUUAGCUUGAAAGUAAUGGGGCUAUCAAAUGUGUGUAAAUCAAGUUUUUGCUCAUAAUAGAUGGGAGGAGCAAUAUUAUUAGUCUAAAACUGGAAAGUGUCUGAGUUUAACUGGGCAGAGGACUGAAUUUGCAAGAUUCAAAUUCUUUCUGAACCAUUUAGGUAGAAACGAGACUUCGGACGUCAUCAAUGACAUCAUUGUCAAACAAUAAAACAACACAAGCCUCGAUACUUCACUGAAAGCUUCCAGGAUUUCUCAAUGCACUCCAAAGCUUUGGCACAGAAUGUAACAUCACUAGUUUACCAGCAUUGACUAGUUACUCAUUUUACACUGGUGGCUGUAAAGCUUCUACUACUUCUACUACUAUGGACACGAGCCAGCACCAUCCUGAUCCCACUGGAUCCAUCUUGGGAUGGACUAGACUGUUACUCAAUGUGGGUUGAAUGUUGGCACAAAAUCCUGUAUCCCAAGACUGGUGGUCUUAUUGGGCUAUCCCUAGUCCUCCAUUCCCAGUGUUUGAUUCACUGCUGUUUUGUAGUGAUUUUUUUUUUUUUUUUUUUUUGCUAUUUUUGUAGUACAUAAGUAGUUUAGCAUCCAAAUGUUACAUUGUAAAUAUGAAAACUUUGGACUGUAUGAGAGAUGAACAAACCCAACAUCGGUGUAGCAGCCAGGUUGAAAAUAAAGGAUUUAGCUCAUC